AUGGCGGGAACGGCACGGAUCCACAUCUUGGGUGCCGGGUACCUGGUGGCCUUUGGAUACUUCAUGCUGCAGGGGAGCCACCUCCUCCUACAGCCUGUGAAGAUCACUGUCCGGCCACGGGACUGCCUGGUCGCCUACUCGGCUCUGCUGAUUGCUGUGAAGACGUUCCUGUCGGUCGGCGCAUGUGUGUACCUGGAGACUUUACUCAUCUCCCACGGCUGGCUGGUCCACAGUUUCAGUCUGGACUGCACGGUCCCAGGGUACCAGUUAGCCGUCCCCGAGGAUGAAGCCUGUGAUCCCCAGAAAAGGAAGCGGGGGUCCUGGGAUGCCAUGUGUUUAACCUUCCUGCUAAUACAGCGACGGAUAUUCCUGAGUUAUUACCACCUUUAUGUGGUGCCGCUGGACGAUGUCACUGUGGCUCUGCGCGCACUCAGCGGGGACAGCACCCCCGUGUCCGAGGCCCUGCGGGGGGAGCGCCACGGCUGGUGGCGAGCUGUCAUUCAGGUUUGGACUGUGGUGGCCGGCAGGGGCGUGCAGGGCUUCGCCACCUGCGUCCAGAACUCCCGCAGGGGACUCGGGGCCCCAGUGGGACAGCCCCUCGGCGAUCCUAGCUUGAGUCCUGAGACGCAAGGCCGGGCGGUGCUGUGCGACCUGCAGCCGCUGGCCCUGUUCUUGCAUCGCUCCACCGUGAAGAGCCCCUCGCCCCUUCCCCUGCUCUCCCCAUCCGGCCCUGCGCUGCGGAGCCUUCUCCCCGGCACCGUCCUGGCCUUCCCUGGAAACCUCCUUCCCCUCUUCCUGCCAGGGACUUACUCCCUCCUCCCCACGGAAGGCUGGACGGGACGGACCCUCCAGAUCUACCACUCCAUCCACCAGUUCUUCUCCAACCUCCGCCGGCCGCCAGCCAGCCGGGAGCGCAACGUGUACACCUUCGCCUUCCUGGUGGAGAUGCUCAACUUGGCCGUUGUCCUCUUUGGCUACUGGGCCUUUGGGUGGAAAGAGUCAGCCGCUGACCUGGCGGAGUCGCUCUUGGAGGAGACGGUGCCCAAGGCCUUCCUGGCGAUGGGGCUCAUCCAGUUCGGCACGAUGCUGGGGGACCGGGCCCUCUACCCGCGGAAGGCCUUGCUGGGGAAGUGUGCCUUCCAGGUCCUGGGAGUCCUCCGCACCCACUUCUGGCCCUUCUUCAUCCUGCCUGGUGUCACCAGCAGGAGGUUUAAUCUCAACCACGUGGCUCAGAUCUGGUACCUGGUGAAAUGCAUCGACUUUGGCCCAUCCGCCUACCAGAUCAGGUGCGGCUACCCAAACCAGAUCCUCGGAAAUUUCCUGACCAAACACUUCAACCUCAUCAACCUUAUCUUGUUCAAAGGGUUCCGCCUGGUACCUUUCCUGCUGGAGCUGAGGGUUGUCAUAGACUGGGUGUGGACUGACAAUGCCCUCAACCUGUCCAAUUGGAUAUGCCUGGAGGACGUGUAUGCCAACAUCUUCAUCAUGAAGUGCUACCAGGAGUCUGAGAAGAAAUACCCCCGGCCGCUUGGGCGGCAGCAGAAGAAAGCCAUGAAGUACAGGGUUGGAUGCAUCGCCAUGUUGGCUUUGGUCUUCCUCAUGUGGUUCCCCCUGGUUUUCAUGGCCCUGUUGAAGACAGUGGGUGGGGUGACCAACCAGCCCCUGGAUGUGUCGGUCAAGAUCGCCAUCAACAGCUACAAGACCCUGUUCUCCAUGAGCGCUCAGCAGCUCAUGGAAUCUGGAUGCUGUGUCUCCUGUACAGCCCACUCCCACGGGUCCUGGGACGUGGACCGCCUGGCCUUCUUCCGCAACGCCACAGUCCGGCUGCAGCAGCUGAGGCCGGCGGAGGCCCUCACGGCCAGUCCGGCGGCCGAGUGGCAGGGUGUCCAGGAGUGGCGGCCAGGCUGUGACCAGAGCCGGGGCUGCGGCCAGGACAUGGAGCUGGUCAUCUUUCACGACAAAGUCAGCCCCCGGAGCCUGGACUUCCUGGCGGGAUACGGCCUCGUCGGGCUCUACGUGUCGGUGGUGAUGGUUGUGGCCAAGUUCACCCACGAGCACUUCCCCGGCAUCGCCCGGUCCAUCAUGUACGACCAGCUGCCUGACGUGGUCUGCGUGCUCGGGCUCUGCGCUGCCGUCUUCCCGGUCCGCGAGCUGGGCAAGCUGCAGCUGGAGCAGAAGCUGCUGGCCAGGCUCAACUUCCUGUACCGCUCGCCCGAGACCACGAUCAAGUGGACGCAGCGGCGCCCGCCGGCCCCCAACCACCCUGUUGCCGGGGCUCCAGAGGGGCCAUGGGAAGCAGCCGUCAGGUCCUCAGGCCCUUUGGCCUCGAGAAGCAGGGUCUUUGCCUCAGCCCUGGGUCCCCCUGAUGCCAAGCCCUUGCAGCUGCUCCCCAGCUGA